UUAGUUUUCGGAUGAAAUCAAUUCUUCAAAAUUUCUUUACCAUAGGAUCUACCAAGAGUUGCCAAACCCGAAAGAACUUCCAACUCGACUAGACUCCUGUCACUGUUGACCAACUCCGCUGCCGCCGCCGUCGCCGUACAAGGACGCUCUCAGAUGGCAUCUCCGGCGCUCAAGGACGCCGUCGGCGUCCUGGACCGCGACCCCUUCGUCGCCCUUCUCGCCAAGCUCAUCGGCGAGACCCAGCGCCUGCAGAACGACCCGCCGGCUCUCGUCCCGCAGGAGGACCUCGUGGCGCAGCACGUGCUCGACGCGCUCCGCCCGGUGUCUACGGACACCGGCGGCGGCCCGCUCAUCGUGCGGAAGGUGAGCUACACCGAGGGCCGGAGCAACGUAAUCGUCGAGUACCCCGGCACCGUCCCCGGCCGCGUCGUCUCCUUCGUCGGCAUGCACAUGGACGUCGUCCCGGCCAACCCUAACGAAUGGGACUUCGAUCCCUUCUCACUAACCUUUGAUAGUGAUGACAAGGAAAAGCUUAGGGGCCGUGGGACGACUGACUGUCUUGGUCAUGUGGCCCUGGUGACUCAGCUCAUGUGGAAGCUUGGUGAGAUGAAACCGGCAUUGAAGCAUUCUGUCAUUGCAGUGUUCAUUGCCAACGAGGAGAACUCAUCAGUCACUGGCAUUGGUGUUGAUGGCCUCGUCAAGGAUGGAUUGCUGGAUAAGCUCAAGACUGGACCCUUGUUUUGGAUAGAUACAGCUGAUAAGCAGCCAUGCAUAGGCACCGGUGGGAUGAUCCCGUGGCAUCUAAAGGCAACAGGGAAGUUGUUCCACAGUGGCCUUGCUCAUAAGGCCAUAAACUCCAUGGAGUUAAAUAUGGAUGCACUUAAGGAAAUCCAAACGCGGUUUUACAAGGACUUCCCUCCACACGAGAAAGAGAAGCUCUAUAAGUUUGCCACUCCUUCUACCAUGAAGCCAACAAAGUGGAGCUAUCCUGGUGGGGGUCUGAAUCAAAUUCCAGGGGAAUGUACAAUUUCAGGGGAUAUAAGAUUGACUCCUUUCUAUAGCACAACUCUUGUAGUUGAAAAAUUACAAGAGUAUGUAGAUGAUUUAAAUGGUGGACUUGAAACAAAGCUUCCUACUCGUGGUCCGGUGUCCAAAUAUGUUCUUCCUGAUGAAAAUCUGCGAGGAAGGCUUGACAUCAGUUUUGAUGGAGAUGUGAUGAAUGGUGUGGCCUGUAAUCUCGAGUCUCGAGGCUUUCAAGCGUUAUGCAAAGCAACUGAGGAAAUAGUUGGAUAUGUAGAGCCAUAUUCCAUCACUGGGAGUUUGCCUCUGAUUCGGGAAUUGCAGGAUGAAGGAUUUGAUGUCCAAACUGCUGGAUAUGGUUUACUGAAGACAUACCAUGCAAAGAACGAGUACUGUCUGUUUUCAGAUAUGGCCCAAGGCUUUCAAGUGUUCGUGAGCAUCAUUUCACAGUUGGAAGCAGAUGUCUAAGGGAGAAAAUAGUACUACAUCCUUUGACAUUUAUAGUCCUGUAAGGUACCUUUGCUCGUGGACACUUUUAUCUCUUGCACCGAGUGAUGAACCUCAAUUUACUGCAUAGAAUUAGCUUUUAUGCCGACCAAGAUACAUAGAACAUAUCCGGUAUUCCUUGUGUUCCCAUGCCCAAAAAAUCCAUCGUGAAAGUCAAGAAAAAGUUGAACAUAAUUCACCA